AUGGCGACGGGGUUCGAUGAGCUGGUCGAGCAGCUGCUGUAUGAUGUCGCACUGGCCGGCAGGGAAGGCAUCGGUGUACCGGAGCUGGAGCAGGCAGCACGAUCUUUCUAUCAAUCACGCCAUAUACCAGAACAGCCAACGCAGCCCAUGCCCGCCACCGAGGACGAUCUUUUGUUCUCCGACGCGCCACCUACAAGUACAACAAAUGAAGUCGACUACAACUUCCUCGAUGCUGUCUGGGACUGGCUGUGUCACCACCCGGAUGUUCUGAUUGACUACAAUGAGGAUGAAGCGGACUCGGCUCGCACUGAACAGCAUCGCACCUCGAAUACCGCCCCUUCAGCUCACCGUCAUGCUCGCCAACGCAUAUUCACCACCGAGGACCGCACGUGGCAAGUCAUCGCAGGGCACGGCGUUGACCAUAGCCGGCUUGCUCCCUUAUACUUCGAGUGCCUCAGGGUCAUCGCGGCCCACGGUCCGAAGGGCAUUGUUCAGCCAGAUCUCAGAAGGAUCACCGACCAGGACAAGCGCUCGGUACCUCACCGCACCGAUGUGCUUGCUCAACAAGGCUACAUCACCAAGGAGCCCGUUGUUGCAAGAGGGGCAGGCACAAGCCUGCUGCGGCUCCGCCGGUUCGCGAAGGAUGUGAAGGUAGACUCGGCUCAGGAGCGGACAACGACCCUAGCGGAAGGAAUGACAUUGCACUACGAUGAAUGCUUCGACAAGAUGAUCAAGCUUCUCAAGGUUAAUGGCAACAUCAUCGCCAUUGCCGAUCUGCUACUGGGGUUGGGGAUAUACGAAAACCGAGGCAAGACGAGGGCUUUUCGCUACGGCUACAAACGCCUGGCGAAGCAAGGUUGCAUCCGGAAGCUCCUGGCGCGAGUUGAUGAAGUUGAUGAUGAUACUGAGGCCGGUGGCAAAGAGGCGUGGAUACGCUGCGUUCAGCUCAUGCGGGAACCGACGGAAACGGAUCGAGUCUGGUUCAAGAAGAAUGCCGGGCCGAUGAAGCGUCGCAACCGCGUUUCUAACCAGACAGAGGGCGGUAGCGAUACCAGCGACUCGGAAGAAGAUGUCGAAGCUGGGCAAGAAGACGGUGCGCUGAUGAAUACGGGCCCUGCUCCUGAAUGGACGCCUGAUCUUCCCCACGCCAACUUUCUGUAUCGCAUCAUUGCGGACGCCGGCGUGAUCGGUAUCACAUCCUUUUCUCUCGACGAACGGAUUGGUGGCUUUUGGCGUCGUCCGCUCGACGAGCUGCUCGCUCGUCUUUCCGACCCUUCGAGGCAUAAGCAGCCAUCUCAUCUGAAGCACCUGAAUAUUGUUCGAGAACCGUCUAAAGAAGGAAAGCGAACGCAAUUCAGGUAUCGCACUCUGGAAAAUUUUGGAGAAGCGGUCAAGAUGGGCCAGACGACAUGGAAGGUGGUGCAAGGCAGUCGUGAAGAUGUAGCCGCUUUGAGGAAGUCGCUGUCAACGGAAGCUAGAGUGGACCAGUGGGGUUUCCCACAACUCCGUGCGUACAAAUUCGCUGGUACCGAUGGGCGAGCAUCGCUGCUCCAGUGUCAAGGUGUCGCGGAAGCGCCAACCGAAAAGAAAGACGACCGUUCAGCGCCAAGCAAAGCGACUCACAAGAGGAAGUUUGACGACUUGGUGCAGCCCAAUGACCCGACUGCACCCGUCAUACCCUCACGAUGGCUCAAUGUAACAUUCGAUCCAUCUGGAAAGCAAGUUGACAAGUCGAAGACCGAGAUCGCUCGUCAUGUGGCAACUACUGCGCACCAGAACCGUGAGAACAGCGACCAGAUGGCGCAGAUGCCAGAGGCUUCUGUUCCAACUGCUGAGACCCGUGCUGUCGACGAAAACACAGGGCCAACUCCACCGGCAACAGUCAACCCCAACCCGUCCGUCAAAGCAAAGAAGGUCAGACUCAGACACUCGCCACAGAAUCAUACGGCUGGCCCUCUCGUUACGACCUCUGGCCUCCACAUCAACCCUUCCGGAUCGUACCCUCCACACUUGAUCAAGGCUGGGAGGCGGAAGAUAGUUCUGGUGGCUGUGUUCAAGUCAUGGAGGCUGGCGGGACUGCCUUGCUUCCGGCAGAGCGGUCCUGCGGCCGUGCUUGAUCCGGCUUUGGCCAACGUGCCUUCUGGAGCUCUGACGCCAGGCAAUGGCAGUGAUGAGACUUCUGUACCGAAGAGCACAGAUACUGCUACGACCUUGCCGGCAGAAGUAGCGCCUGUUCAGAACAGCACUCCAGCUUUACCAGUUGACGUGCCUACCCCUUAUCGCAGCACCGACGGGCCCACACCCAAGCGUGCAAGACUGAAUGCUGACACUCCCAUAAAAAUGGUUUACAGCUCACUGGCAUCGCUCGAGUCCAGUAUUAAGCUUCCCAAGGGGACGAAACCAGGCCGUCCAACGGACGGAGAGCUGGCUCGGCGUGCGCAGAGGAGAGCGGACAUCGCUCAGGAAAUGCUGGCUACUGGGGCGGCGAAAUUGGCGUCAGAGUCAGCGGAAGCUCCACAGAGUCCGCCGGCAGUUGAGACCAGCUUAAUCGCGAAGCUUCCGAUCAAGGUACCUGAGCCUCUCCCGACCAGACGCCUCUUGUCUUCGACAACACCUUCUGUUCCUCGAACUCCUGUGGAACCUAAGUCUAAUGAAACUGGUGCGCUCGACGUGGAUGAUGUUGUCGAUGCCAGUGCUCAGACUCCAGCAGAGGAAGUUCAGCAACAGCUCGAAGUAGGUGGUGAUUCAGGCGGCUCUACUGACCUACGCCACCAAGGGGACACCACGCCAGCUCCCGCAGUGCAAGAGCCACCGCAUUUGCAGUCUCAGGAAACAAUUCAAGCCGACUGGUCUCGUGAUGUCGAUGCCAAUGCUCAGGCUAUAGCAGACGGAGCCCAGCGAGAUCUCGAGGCGACUGAUCGAUCAGGCGUCCCCAUUUGCCCUCGCGAUGACAGGCUCGCCACACCAGCGCCGGGUGUACAGGAGCCAAUGCCCGAGUUUGAUACAGAAAUUCUGCACCGCCGUCUGGAAGACUGCGUAUUGCAAAUCGUACGCGAUGCCAAGGGCGCUCACGCCGCGGACCUCAAUUUGUCCUUCGCCGUUGCAGAUUGCUGGGACCAAGCCAAUGGGCCAACACCUGACCGCAACAGCGUCAUGCGUACUGUGAGUCGGCUGGUGGCGCAAGACCGGAUUCAAAAAUACAAGUUCACUUUCGAGGAUGAAGAGGGCAAGCAGGCUGAGAGGGCUAUUGUCACAGAAUCUGGAAUUGACUUGAACUCCGCCGUGGUCCAGGAGGUACGAAAAAACAUCGUCCGAGAUCAUCCUUACCGAAACAAGUGGAUGAGCACCCGUCGCGAGAAACUCAAGCUGGCCGAUGAGAAGCCCAAUACCCCUCAGUCGCCAGGAGCUGGAGCACCUAGCACAAACGGCGCUUCGAAUCAUGACGCCCAGUUUCCAGCUUCAGAGCUCAGAUCAGUGCGUCGCAAAGGCCGUAUUGCUGCCGAGUUUCCAGCAGUCCACGGUGUGACCGUCAAGCGCACGGCGAAAGGCAUCGAGGCGGCGCAGGCGGAAGAAAAGCUGUUCCAUCGCAACUUUCGACACGUACCUGCUUUGGGUCGGAAUCGAUUCCGUGGACUGUCAGCUGGCAAAGGUCCGCAGGGUCUCAAUGGUGUCUUGAACGAGGAGCAGGCUGAGAGAGGCGAUCCUGAAGAAGUUGGCGAAGGCAACGAAGACAUCGAGGAACGCGAUGAAGGCGGCAACGAGAUUGGUGAUAUUGACGAUGAUGACAACUACAGCAGCGGAGACGAUACUGCUCCGGUGGCAGAAAAACAAGCCGCGGGUAUGACGAGCUUUCAGCUCGAGCGAUAUGCUCACGACCCUAGCGCAGUUCCCAAGAGGUUUGCAACGCCGAGACCUCGUAGCAGUUUUGAGCCCCAGAACGCUCUCCACACUGCUCUGGCCAGUUCCAGGAAUGCGCCACGCAAAGACGCGAGACCGGUAUGCAAAGCGGCUAUCAAGCCGGCGCCACGUGGUGCCAAGGUUCAAGGGGAAAAGAAACAAGCCGAUAUGGCUUGGGCGAAGUCGUCCGCCGCGCCUACAGGUCUGGAUGACGUGCUAUGCAGAGCCAAAAUACUCGGGUGCGGCACUGCUGACAAGUCUGGAACGCUGUUCUGGCAGUUCCAGUGCGAGGUGGAAAGGGUCCUGUUGGUCGAAAAAUUACUCAUGAACGACGAAGUAAUGAUCUCUGGCGGCCCUGACUUCGUCAACCAUGGGUUGAACAGGCAUCACACCCGCGUUCAGUGGAGUGACGAGGAGUACAACAUCGACUUUUGCGACGGGUUCCUCCCCACUCUGAAGGCGGAGAAGGAUCGGCAGCGCCCUGCUAAGAAGGUGGUUAGGAACGGGGGACACCCAACGACACUGCAACCCGCGGCUGCAGCGGCAGGUUAUCCUGCUCCUCCCGCCACACGUGCUCCGCCUGCUCUCCCGACUCCUCCAUCCAAAACGCCGACGUUUCGGACCAUUCGACCCCAUGACCCAGCAACGUCCUUGUCGCUUCCACGCUCCGGGGUGUCCAUCAACGGCCUCUUCCAGCAGCCGACGCAGCUUCAGAGCCCGGCGCAGUUCCAGACCCCCAUUCAGGCGCAGCCGCGAAACCGUCCGAGCCCGUACAACACUAGAGGCCAUGGCGAAGGUCGGCCUAAGAUCGAUUAUAUGACCAGCAUCAUCGACUUUGACGACGACGACGAGGAAGUCAGCACGCCCCAGCAAGGUCGGCACCAGGAUGUCAUUGAGAUUGAUGGUUCACCAAGGGUCAGCACGACACGAAAAGCCAACAAGCAGGAUGCCAUCGAGCUUUAUGAUCCUGCGGAGGACGACAGUAUAUCACAAAAUGCUCCGCGCUCCUAUACCAAGACGUUUGUCGAGCGUGGACGCCUUGCUGUUGCAGUCGCUCUCUGCCAGAUGAUCUGCGGUGGGACAGUUGGCAGUAACCGGAUCAAAUGGGAAAUCGUUACGCAUGCCUUUGGCUACAAGCUGGGACACGAGAGCUACCGUGGAAGGUGGAAGGUACAAGGGCGGACUGAGUAUGGCAAUCAAUACGUGACGAAGAUCCAAGCGAUGCUCCAUGAGCCGUUCCUGCAGGCUUAUGAGAAGGGAGAGCUGCCGACGAUUGAUUUCAGCAACAUCAACCAGACUGACUGGCCAGCUCUACUGGAUUGGGCGGUGGAUAUCGUUCAGCCUGAAGGCUACCGAGCGGUGCGUCUCAACCGACGUGGCCCGCGGAAGAGCACAGCAAAAGGUGCUGACACGGACGCCACACCGACACCGAAUAUCCCUCCGGACAAACAGAAUGCUGGUGAUGUGCAAGCAGUGGCUCUGCCUAAGCAGCUCGAAGACGCCGCACUGGACAACAGCUUCAUCAUGGAGAAGUCUUGGCUACGCGCUCUGAUCGCCACGCCAGAUGAAUUCUACGUCGAGCAGCAAGCUACUCGCAAGCUCUCCGUCAUCGAUAAUUACAAGCUGGACAAGAUCGUCCACGAGAUGAAGGCCACCAGGACUGUUGCGCACAAGCACAAAGGCCGUCAGCAGCCCGGACGGAACUUCAUCUUCACGCCGUAUAUGCUGUCGCUCUUCAACCGGUGGCUCGGCGAUAGCAUUGACCACAGCUUCCUCAUUGAUGUCGCGACGGCUUGGAAGACGGUGGCAGAGCAUUUCCAAGUGCACGACAAGCUCGAGCUCAAGCCGGGUGGUGCGACCGAGGAGAAGAUGCUCGUGCUCAACGACCUCCUCGCGCACGGCAAUGUCAAGAUCGCACCAGUCAUCCCUCCCAUCACUGACGACUUCAACGCCCCGCCUGGCACGCUGAGCAAAUGGGGCACGGGUGGCUACUCCCACCGUCCCAAGGCUAUCGACGAUUCAACCUUUCAGCUCUCAGUGGUCUACACCAAGACCACCUCUUUCACCUCACAGCACGGUUUGCGCCAAAUGCCCGUUCCGAAAUACGUCCCGGCCGUCCUAGGCGAAGCGGGCUUCCGCAUUCCCUUCUGGAUCGACAUUCACGGCAAUUUCAUUCCGAAGAUCUGGAGGAUGGUGCUGCGUUCGGUUUUGUGGUUGCUGGUCUAUUGCGCCGGUGUGACCGUUGACGGGAUCGAGAAGGCGCUGGGAGGCAAGCUGUGGGCCUGGGAGGCAGAGCUCGUGGUGGAGUGGAUGGAGAGGGUGGGGUGUGCGGUGAAGUGUGGCAAUGGUGGAUGGAGGGCUGGGGAAUGGUGGUUCUGCGCGUUGAUGGAGGAGGUGUGGGGAUGA